UCUAUGACUAAAGUUACGUUGCCGAAGGUUUCGUUUCGAGCUAUCUCUGUGAUCCUUAUUAGCUAUGCGCCUCAGUUGACUCAACUGUCAAAAUUGUCAAUAUGGAGAAAGAGUUUCACGAUCGGGACUCCAAGGUGGACUUAUUCUACGCCGAGACCGAUCUCGAUCAACCCACGGAUUACAGUUUGCGAUACGCCGAGGAUGACACCGACGAUGAGGAGAAACAGAGUACCGAGUACUUUCCCGGCGGCGAGCAAGAAGAUACCGUCAAGACUUACUGCACCGAGGGUACUCCAUAUGAGACUCCCUUCAAUUUCUCCACGGCGACUUCGAUGUCAGACCUGCGGGUCGAGGACACGAAGGAGAGCGAUGUCCUGAAGAAGUUGCCGAAGAAGACAAUCGAAAUAGGCCGCAAGAGUCCGGUGUCUUUCAUCAAGCAAGCCACGUCGCUCGGCUGCGACGAGCGUGACGGUUUGGUAAGGAAGGAGGAAGAAUUAGAAGAGAACUCAAAGGAUACUGCAGUUCUCAAUCCUGGACAAGUGACCCCAGAGAAGGUAGUAAAUUAUUACGAGGAGGGAACGUCGCACGGUUUCUCGCGCGCCAAUUCGCUUAGUUCUCUGAGUAGCGCAAUGACCCCUCAGAAUAACAUUCCAGGGGUUAUGUCAAAAGUAAACUCGCCUGAUUCUGUGAAUAAGGAAGAGCUUGAGAGUGACGAUCACAGUGUUCUAAGCUUGAGUAGCAAUCAAAUGAGGCUGCCUUCACAAAACAGUGACCUGUCUGCAAAUAAAAAUUCGCGCGUGUUAGACAAAGAAGGAAAAAUGGUGACAUUUGGUGGUCAAGAUUAUUAUGCCGAAGAAACCCCUUUGAUGUUUUCGCGUUGCAGUUCACUUGGCUCACUGAGUGGAUUUGAGCAACAUUCUAUUCACGACGAUCGCAGUUCUGUGGUUAGUGAUUUUAGCUUUAUGAAUGUUUUUAGCCGUAGGACCAGCGGUGCGGUUUCACCCAGCGAACUGCCAGACUCGCCUACACAAACGGUUCUGCCUAGCCCGCGUAAUCAUAAAACCCAGAGUACAGAGUUUAUAUCCAAAAUGCAAGAAGAAGCAGUAAGACCGUCCGUCCGACAUUUAUCGUAUUCUAAACCGUCAAUCAUGAGAAGUAGCGUUUUUGAGGAUGAAGUAGCCACUUUCAAGGAAGAAUCAACACCGGUCGAGUUUUCCACCGCGACGAGCCUCAGUUCUCUUACGAUCGAUGACGAAGUCAAAAUACCUAAUGACACGAAAACGCUUUGUAAAUUAGAGAAGGUGUCCGAUACGGAUGAGAAAAAUAUUUGUAGGAUUGAGAAAGAUAUGCUCAAUAUGACGAUAAACGGCUCUGAAAGUAAAACGAAAGAGGAGCAAGUGAGCGACGGCGAUGAAGACGACGAGGAUAUGUUGGCCGCUUGUAUUAAUAUGGGAAUGCAAACCAACAGAUUCAGACAGUCUUUCAAAACGCUCAACUCUCAGAAACCUGCGCAAUCAGAAGCCUCGAGUAUCUUGGUGCCAUAUCAGAGGAAUUCUAUGCCGAACAGAUUAGAAUCGCAUGUGCCUGUAGCUUCCAUUGAGACGUCUAUCGGGACCUCGAAGACGAAUAAAACCGGUAUGGAGAUCGGCGUUGUACCCGAUACUGUGCACGUGUAUUGCACGGAGGACACGCCUGCAGACAUCUCCCCGGUCGGAUCUCAAUCUAAUCUGUCUGCCCUCUCAAUGCCGAGUGUACAAGAAGAUAUAGAGAAAAUCGAGCAGGAGAAAUCAGCGGAGAUCGAACGCCAUAGGAACGAUUUGUCCGACGAAAGUUCCAAUCUUUCUGGCGAAGAUGAAAAAAUACUGGACGAGUGCAUUCAGUCGGGCAUGUCUAAGCCGAGACAGAUAACUCCACCUCCAACAAAUAGUAUAGCGUUCGUAAAAAAAAUCGAACUACCAUCGCACAAGUUUAAUAUAUACGGUACGCCGUCGUCCUCACCUGUUGAGACGAGUCACGCGAAUAAGAAUCCUAUAAUGACUAAGUCGCUAGGCAGUACGUCAUUGAGGCAUCCGGACGAACUUUCUGACGACAGUCCGAAUCAUUCAGAUGACGAAGCAAUUUUAACCGAAUUCAUACAAUCCGCAAUGCCAAAGGCAAGAUUUAGCAUGUCACCGUCAAACAGAUCACCAUUAUCGCAAACUGUGGAAAGUCCCAAAGCGACGAAUAUACGGACGCCUUCCACCUCAUCAACGUAUUUUCAAUCGGGAUACAUGGAACAAAGGAAGAAUAUAAGAAAGCUUUUACCUUCCGAAGACAAUGUCGGGCUUUCCGAAGAAGAAGAUAUCAUUUUAGCACAAUGCAUCAGAUCUGGGAUGCCAAAAAUAUCGAGUUCUAUAUCUGCAACAAUGACACCCGCGGUGAAGAAAUUUGAUACAUGUCCGAGAACUAUGGGGAACUUUCCAACGCAUUUGCCACCGUCAUACUACAUGAGUAAAGUUUACCCCGCCAGAAAUGUCGCGCAGCAUCCGCCGUCGUCAUUCAAACCUGCGAACAUCGCCACAACAGGCCGGUUCGUCGAGAACGCGACAUCGAGCAAUUUCAAUUGCUAUCCUGGAAAAGCAACAACCAGCAUGGCACAAGCCUCGAGCCAGAUAUUAAGAAACUGUGAUAACAACACGCGCGAGAGAAUCAACAAUUCGCCGUACUGUAAUCGUAGAUCGCCACAUCACCGUGUAGAGAGCGAGAACGGUAAUACCGUCGACAGUCUCUGUGCAUCCGCACGAUCUCCCCGUGGCGUCAAGUAUGGCGCGCCGAUAUUCAAUAGGACGGAAAACUACGGCGACGACGGUAACUCUUUGUGCAGGAGCAUGGCAAAACCUAACACGGUGCCUUCGCGCCAUAGCUCUGCGAGUUCGCUCAGCGAGGAGGGCUCGCUGAUCUCCACGGAGGAAUGGGCAUUGCUGGAAUUGUGCAUCACUUCCGGCAUGCCGAGAAACAAAUAUUCCGUUAAAGGAAUGAAGCCUAACGAGGGAGCGAUUUCCGGCGGCCGCGACGAUUGCGAGCCAAUACCGGAGGACAAUUAUUCAGUGUGCAGUUACAAUUCUUACGUCUGUAAGACAUAACUGCCGACAUCGCAUCGCGUGUGUGCGAUGACAGGAUUUUUGACGAUGUAUUGCGUACAUCGAAGACUGAAUACUUUUGUACAUAGAAGUUGACGAAGGUGUAAGUUUGGACUAUCGAGAUGAUGAUCGACUGCACCGAAGAUUGCACGUUGUAUCGUAAUGUUAAAUUUAUAAGUCAAUUGACCUAAGUUGCAAUACUUUUACCUUCAUAAGUUUUGCAAUCCCGCAUCCAAUAGGAAAAUGUAUUUCCUGAGAAUUACUUAAAAGACACAUUCUCCUAUUGGAUACGGGAUUGUAAAACUCAUUGAGAUAAAGAUAUUUGAUUUGGUUUUUACGUUGAUACUGCAUCUCAGAUUGUUCCUCUUUUCGAAGAAGUGAACGGGAAGGUCCACAAAAUAUGGGAAACAUUCAUGAAAGGUUUUCCCAUAUCGCGGAAAAUAUGAGAUAAGAAUGUUGCAAUCUUUUAUCUCCUGAUUAUACUGGAAUGAUAAUCGUACGACUGAUGCGCCUAUAAGUAAAUUUUGAACAUCCAAAAAAUUUAAUAAAAGUUUAUCGAUGUUUAAAAACCUGAGCUGAAAACCGCAGGCGGUGUUUGCGAACUUUAGUCGAUAAGAACUCAAAAAGCUAUCAAGUAUACUGCCUGUAUCUUGGGUGAAGAGCAUUGCGCAAGAACAUCGAGGAAGCGAGUCGACUUGUGUGACAUUCUAAUAAAAUUUUCAAUGGAUUUACGUUUUUCAAACAAGUAACUUCCUCUAGUGAAUAUUAUGUAAAUUAACGGUACGAUAACAGUCGCGUUUUGUUGGUAACUGUGCCGACCAUGUAAUCGAAUACAUAUAAAGAGAAAGAUAACUAAAUUAUUAUAAAAUAAAAUAAUAUUUUAUUUUACGAGAAAGAGAGAUCUCUUUUUCUCAAAGUUCGACUUUGAUCAUUAUUAAAAUGCCAUUAUAGAUGUAUUAUAGAUUUAUUGACUUUCAUAAAGAAUAUACAAUUUUAAUAAAGUAAAUUUUUGCAAUGUUUA